AAUAAAGAAAAGACAAGCCAUUGUACAACUUUUCUAAUAUAUUUAAGGAAAUAGCAAAGCUGACACAGGUCAAAUAAACAUUCAACACUAAAUUUCCAUCCUUUUCUUCGCAAAGCACAGUGUUUGGUUGAGAUCACAACAAUGGUGGAAACCAAAGAAAGCGUAGUCAUGUUCCCCUUCAUGGCUCAAGGCCAUAUCAUUCCCUUCUUGGCCUUAGCUCUCCACAUAGAACGCAAAAAAGGCUUCUCCGUAACUUUUCUCAACACCCCUUUAAACAUCAAAAAGCUCCGAUCUUCUCUCCCACCGGACUCCUCCAUUCGCCUCCUCGAGAUCCCUUUCUCCAGCUCCGAUCAUGGCCUACCUCCCAACUCCGAGAACACCGACGUUCUUCCCUACACCCAUGUCAUCCGCCUUAUUCAAGCCGCCACUUCUCUCGGACCUUCUGUCAAGAAAAUCCUCCGAGAUCUCAUCGAAGAAAGCCAUGGCCGGAAGCCACUCUGUUUCAUCGCCGAUAUCUUCUUCGGCUGGACUACCUCCGUCGCCAAAGAACUGGGCAUUUUCCACGCAGUCUUCAGCGGCUGCAGCGGGUUUGGCAUGGCCUGUUAUUACUCUCUCUGGUUGAACCUUCCUCACCGGAAAGUAGACUCCGACGAGUUUUCGUUACCGGAUUUUGAAGAAGCCUCGACCAUCCAUGUUUCCCAGUUGCCUUUGAAUAUUUUUGAAGCCGAUGGUGAGGAUCCUUGGUCGAAAUUCCACAUGGAAAAUCUCUCAUCUUGGGUUGAAUGUGAUGGGGUUUUGUUCAACACCAUUGAAGAGUUCGACCAGCUGGGGUUGCUUUAUUUCAGGCGAAAACUCAAUCAACCGGUUUGGCCAAUCGGACCGGUUCUUUUACCAGCGGAAAGCAGAGUAAAACCAAACGACCUCACAUCAAAGCUUUGCAGAGAAUGGCUCAAUUCAAAGCCUUUAAAUUCAGUUCUAUUCGUGUCUUUUGGAUCGAUGAACACCAUCUCAGCCUCACAGAUGAUGCAGUUAGCUAUGGCUUUGGAGAGAUGCGGUAAAGAUUUCAUCUGGGUGGUUAGACCACCCAUCGGUUUCGACAUAAACUCAGAAUUCAGACCCCAUGAAUGGCUGCCUAAAGGGUUCGAAGAAAAGGUUUCAAAAAGAGGACUGCUGGUGCAUACAUGGGCACCCCAAGUGGAGAUUCUUUCCCACAAAGCAGUUUCUGUGUUUUUGACUCAUUGCGGUUGGAACUCAGUGCUGGAGGCUCUCAGCAAUGGAGUGCCGCUGCUCGGUUGGCCGAUGGCGGCGGAGCAGUUUUUCAAUGCUGUGCUAUUGGAGAAGGAGAUUGGGGUCUGUGUGGAGGUGGCUAGAGGGAAGAAGUGUGAGGUUAGGUGUGAAGAUUUAGCAGAGAAGAUUGAGUUGGUGAUGAGUUUCGACUCGGAGAAAGGGAAGGAGAUGAGAAGGAAAAGUUGUGAGGUUAAGGAGAUGAUCAAGAAUGGUAUGAAAGAUGAGAUUAACGGUCUUAAAGGGUCCUCUUCACAAGCAUUGGAUGAGUUUUUUAGUGCUGCAAUGGCUAUGAAGAACUCUAAUGCAUAAGAAUGGCGAGAAAUUUCAAUGAUCUAAUUUAGUUUCUCUUGUACUUAUAGAAUAAUAUUGAGUCGAGUAGUGCUUACUCUUUCAUAUUAUUGUAGACAAGUGAAUUUUAUUAAUGAUAGACCUUUGUUGACGUAUCAAAA